GAGGGUCUACUACUCCUGAUCUAUCACAUGCAUCAAGUGAUAUAUUUUAUUUAGACUUGAAAAAUUCAUUUAAUACAUUCAGUCCAACAUGGAUAGGUAUGUCGAGCAACUUGGUAAAUGAAUUAACAUUGGCAAGCGCAACGACCUCAAAGGAUUAUAUAAUAUUAUUUGGUGGGGAAUCAAAUGGAGUGAAAAAUAAUCCUAUAAAUGUUUUUGAUGUAAGUGUACAACAAUGGAUAAACCCAACCAUAAGAGGAGAGGGACCGGGUAGUAGAAUCGGUGUGGAUAUCGUUUCUGGUGAAGGUAAUAAGGUCUAUAUCUAUGGCGGGAACAAAUAUUCUGAUUCGGGUCAAUACAUAUGGUUUGAGGAAUUGCGUAUAUUGAACGCAUUGGAUUUUAGUUGGGAACCAAUGAUACCUGGAGAACCAAGAGCUCUUUAUACAUCUGUCUUGUUACAUGGAGGGGUGAUUGCUUUUAUUGGUGGUUAUGUCCGAAAGGUAGAGAAUGGUCAAUUUUCAAGGAGUUUAGUUGAAAUGAACGAGAUUACACUAUUUAAUACAUUUGAAGCUAAAUGGUACAAGGAGAUAGCGGGUGGAGAGGUAAUAGAAAAGAGGCAUAGUCAUUCAGCGAUAAUAACAUCGGAUGGAAGAGUCAUAAUAUAUGGAGGAUCGUCCGAUACCUUUAGAAUGGUAAUGCCAGUGCUGGCUGUGUUGAAAACAGAAUCAUUUGAGUGGUCAGUACCUGUUCAAAUGUUCGGACCGGACCUUCCUCCUCCAUUAACACGUCACACCGCUGACCUUUACAUGAAUUACAUGAUCGUUGCUUUUGACACAAAUAAUUAUCAAUGGAUCACCUCAUAUUCUUAUUCAAAUGCUUCAACAUCAAAGAUACCUCCACAACGCAAAA